GAGAGAGACAGCCUCUUAGAGCUGUGAGGCAGAAGUGAUGGAUUCAGCUCACAGGAAAGUGACAGUCUUCUCCUAACGGGCCACAGGCAGUACACAAACCUGAAGACAAGCCUCCACCAUCCAACUAAAGUUACCAGUUGUCUCUUGAAAGCGUUCCAACUUUUUCAAGUGGAUUUUGGAACAAUCUGCUCAAUGUUUGCUGAAGACUUUCUGGCAAGUUAGACUUCUGUUGGGCUAAUGAUGGUCUUUUAAUAACAGGCUUUAAAAAAAAAAACAGCACUACCUCUGCACUGCUGGAAUGGACUAAGGUGACAAAGAGUGAGUGAGCAGACGGGCAGAGAGGAGGACACGGGGGUGCAGCUUUCACACUUGGGAUGACUUUCCACCAGGAGAAACUUCAAUCAGCUCUGCCAGGAGGGCAAGGCAACUGAGGGAGCCUCAUCAAUAGUCUACAGUUAUCUUGUCUUGGUACGUAGGACACAAACUAAUGGAGCCCCCUUCAAUGGUCCUACUGGGGCUCCUUCUUGUUUAUGGACUAGCAUGCUGUGUCCAGCAGAUUCAGGGGAGUCCAUCAGAUAGCAGCCAUGGCAGCGACAGGACACAAGAAUUUGAGAGCAGUGAUGAUGGUCUAGAGAAGGAGUUUCUCUAUGCUGGAAGGAGCAAACGUGCUCCAGCUGACCAGCAGCAGGACAAGUGCUCCUACACUUUCAUUGUGCCUCAACAAAAAGUGACCGGAGCAAUCUGUGUCAACUCCAAGGAGCCUGAGGCCAUGCUGGAGAACCGGGUUAACAAACAGGAGUUAGAGCUGCUAAAUGUGGAGCUACAGAAACAGAAGAGGCAGAUUGAGACCCUGCAACAAUUGGUAGAAGUGGACGGAGGUAUUGUCAAUGAGGUCAAGCUUUUGAGGAAGGAGAGCCGAAACAUGAACUCUAGAGUCACUCAGCUGUAUAUGCAGCUGCUGCACGAGAUCAUCAGGAAAAGAGACAAUGCCCUAGAAUUGGCUCAGAUGGAGAACAAGAUCCUGAAUCAAACCUCUGAGAUGCAACAGCUCACCAGUCGAUACAAAGACCUCGAGCACAAGUACCAGCACUUGGCUUCCUUGGCUACGAACCAAUCGACUCUUAUUGCCCUGUUGGAGGAGCAGUGUCAAAGUCGUCCUCCGCCUCGGCAUGUUCCCGUCCCACAGCCACGGCCUCAGCCGCCUCCACCAUCGCCGCCUCUCAACAAGCCUUACCAGCCACCUGUCCUUCCACGAAUUAACAACCCGAUCAGCAACGAGAUCCAGAGCGACCAAAAAUCUCCACCUGUUCUUCCAACGAUGCCCACAGGCACACACAGCCCCUCCACCACUGACAAGCCCUCUGGUCCAUUUAAGGAUUGUCUACAGGCUCUGGAAGAUGGCCACACUGGCAGUGGCAUGUACCUGGUGAAGCCGGAGAAUGCCAACCGGCUUAUGCAGGUGUGGUGUGACCAGAGACAUGAUCCAGGCGGCUGGACCGUGAUUCAGAGGAGGGUGGACGGAUCUGUCAACUUUUUCAGGAACUGGGAGACGUACAAGCAAGGUUUUGGCAACAUCGAUGGUGAGUACUGGCUUGGUCUGGAGAACAUCUACUGGCUGACUAACCAGGGAAACUACAAGCUGCUGGUCACACUGGAGGACUGGUCAGGCAGAAAGGUGUUUGCAGAGUACGCCAGCUUCAGAGUUGAGAACGAGGCGGACUUCUACAAGCUAAGGGUGGGCCGUUACCAUGGCAAUGCCGGCGACUCACUCACCUGGCAUAACGGCAAACAGUUCACAACACUGGACAGAGACCAUGAUGCGUAUACAGGCAACUGUGCCCACUACCAGAAGGGAGGCUGGUGGUACAACUCUUGUGCCCAUUCAAAUUUGAAUGGAGUUUGGUACAGAGGAGGACACUACCGCAGCCGCUACCAAGAUGGAGUCUACUGGGCAGAGUUCAGAGGAGGAGCCUAUUCACUGAAGAAAGUGGUCAUGAUGAUCCGUCCAAACCCAAAUACCUUCCACUAAGCAUCCAAGGAACACUUACUGUACUGUAUGUCUCACUAAACAAAAAACAUUACAGCUCUAAAAUCCAAGCAAUCUUUUUUUUUUUUUUUUUUUCACUUUUGGUUAAAUGGAGGGGCACCAGACCAAGCCAGAUGACAAAGACAAAGAUAAUAUCCAAACAUCAGGCUGAUAAACUGGUGGCUCCUGACAGAUCAAAGAAUCUGUGCACUUUGUGCAAUGUCAUUUUCCCUGUCACACUCACUACUCAGGAGUUGUUUUAAACACACUGUCUUUGAUAAAACAAAAGCCUGCCUAUUUGAUCUGAGAGAGAAAAAAACAAUAAACCUAAUUUGAGACUAAAUACAAGAACCAAAUAAGUAGCUUUAAAAUAGGAACCCUACAAUAUUUGUACUGUAUAUGUAGUAUGUACGUAAAGUUCUUUUUUGCCACAACGUGCAAAUGAGCUUGACACAGGAAAUGUAUCCAGUGACUUUUAAUUUCAUUCUAAAUACAUUUUACAAAUGUGUAAUUUAUAGGAACAGUAACAUUAUCAUUGACUUGUAACAGGGUUGAUAUUCUGGCCAGUUUUGUUUUUUUACUAUAAAAUGUACUAUAAAAAAUGUGCCAUUUUAUUUUCUUACAUAAAACCAAAACUGAUACAAUUAUCCAACAUUAUUAUCAGUCUGCUUAUACAACUUUAAAUAGGUUUGAGGAGGUACAGACUCUUUAAAGUCCUGCUUUUUCUUCUUAAAAAAAAAAGAAACAAACAAAAACAACUUGUUUUGAAAUCUUGAACUGCUUGAACAGGUAUCCAGCAAUUUGCUUGUAUGAAUCAAGCACUGUAUUUACUGUAUAAAUUUAGUGGUUUGUUGAUGUCAAUAGAUCCAAAACUUUGUGUUUGUACAUAAAAGAUAUUUGUAAUAUAAUGUAUUAAUUCCUUUUAUGUCAUUAUUAAGUUGCAAUAAAACAUGUACAGCUUG